CUCCGCCGCUGGGGGCGGGGCGACGUCGGACUCCCGGGGCCCUUGCUUACGCACUUCCUCCCGGGGUCGGGGCCGAGUCGGGGUGUGGUGGGUUCGAGUCCCACCUCCCGACUCGUCUCAACCCUUGAACCUGGGGCGGGGCUCAUUCGCCAGUUAACCUCUCCGCGGCGAGGGGCAGUGGCACACCUUGAGCUUCACCAUGGAGGACUAUCUGCAGGGUUGUCGAGUUGCUCUGCAGGAGUCCCGACCCAUACAUGUUGUGCUGGGAAAUGAAGCCUGUGACUUGGACUCCAUGGUGUCAGCUCUCGCCCUGGCUUUUUAUCUGGCAAAGACAACUGAGGCUGAAGAAGUCUUUGUGCCAGUUUUAAAUAUAAAACGUUCUGAGCUACCUCUACGAGGUGACAAUGUCUUCUUCCUUCAGAAGACUCACAUUCCAGAGUCCCUCUUGAUUUUCCGGGAUGAGAUUGACCUCCAUGCAUUGCAGCAGGCUGGCCAGCUCACCCUCAUCCUUGUUGACCAUCAUGUCUUACCCAAAAGUGACGCAGCCUUAGAGGAGGCAGUAGCAGAGGUGCUAGACCAUCGGCCCAUCGAUCAGAAACACUGCCCUCCCUGCCAUGUUUCAGUUGAGCUGGUGGGGUCCUGCGCUACCCUGGUGGCCGAGAGAAUCCUGCAGGGGGCACCAGAGAUCUUGGACCGGCAAACUGCAGCCCUUCUUCAUGGAACUAUCAUCCUGGACUGUGUGAACAUGGACCCUAAAAUUGGAAAGGCAACCCUAAAGGACAACCAAUACGUGGAGAAUCUAGAGGCCCUCUUCCCAAAUCUGCCCAAGAGAAAUGAUAUCUUUGAUUCUCUGCAAAAGGCAAAGUUUGAUGUAUCAGGACUGACCACAGAGCAGAUGCUGAGAAAGGACCAGAAGACCGUCUCCAGACAAGGCACCAAGGUGGCCAUUAGUGCAAUAUAUAUGGAUUUGGAGGCCUUUCUGCAGAGGUCUGGCCUCAUUGCAGAUCUCCAUGCCUUCUGCCAGGCUCACAGCUAUGAUGCCCUGGUCGCCAUGACUAUCUUUUUCAACACUUGCAAUGAGCCAGUGCGGCAGUUGGCAGUUUUCUGUCCCCACACAGCACUCCGAGUGACGGUCUGUGGAGUCCUAGAACGCUCCCACUCUCCGUCCCUGAAGCUGACCCCUGCCCCAAGCAUCCACCCUAACCUCCAAGCGUAUCUUCAAGGCAACACCCAGGUCUCUCGAAAGAAACUUCUGCCUCUGCUCCAGGAAGCCCUGUCAGCAUAUUUUGACUCCACAAACAUCCCUUCAGGACAGCCUGAGACAGAGGGUGUGUCCAGGGAGCAGGUAGACAAGGAAUUGGACAGGGCAGGUAACUCCCUGAUUCCUGGACUGAGUCAAGAUGAGGAGGAGCCUCCACUGCCCCCCACACCCAUGAACAGCCUGGUGGAUGAGUGCCCUCUGGAUCAGGGGCUGCCAAAAUUCUCAGCCGAGGUCAUCUUUGAAAAAUGUAGUCAGAUCUCACUGUCAGAAUCUACCACUGCCUCCCGGUCCAAGAAAUGACUGUUGGGAGGGGAGGGGGAAGUGAAAGAGGUUGCUUGAACCACCCUGAAUGCAUGUUUUGAGAUGUUUCAGCAAUUUUGUCUUCAUUGUUCCAGGAUCUGGUAUACUGUUCUCAUAAACCUAGGAGGAGAAAGAAGUAAAAGAAAGCUGAGCUGGUAUUCUCCCUUUUCCCCACAAUCUCUACCAAUCAAACAAAUUUUAUUAUUUAACUCCUUAAAUCUGCACUGACUCUCUUCUAUUUCAUUUGCCAGGGUCAUGAUGUGAUAACAUACACAGUUCCAGCAGAGUGGCACAGAAAGACUGUGUACCCCAGAAGUGCCCUAAGUCAGGCUUUUUAACAGAACCAGUAUUUCUUAUGGAACCAAACAUUCAUUGUCUCCAGUGUUCAUUUAUUCUCUUAUUAAUUCAAGUAUUUAUUGAACACAGUACCUACUUUUAGCUUCUUCCAGUUUUUAGCCUUUAGUUGAUUUUCACCUCCAUGACUCCUCUUUCUGCCGCCAAUUAGGUGAUGGUGUCUCAUUCCCAGUUUGCUAAAUUUCUACUCUGAGCUUAUUGUGACUGUUUCAGGAUUGUUUGGGAGCAGAUUGGAGGCCAUUAUCUUCUGUCCUGAUCGGCUGGCCUGACUCUCAGUUUCUUUGGAUCCCUCUGACUCAGAGCCACAGGCACCCUGAAGAGACCCAGAAGACCCCCCCUGGUUCUUGAGAGUUCAGGAGACACCUGGGAAAGCCUUAAGACCUCAUGGGCACUCUUCGCAAAAGACAGUAGAACUACAAUGAGACCCCUGGCUCUGUCGAUUUCUUAUCCAUCUGAUUUUCUCCUUGGGCAUAGUAGAAAGAAACACGAAGUUCAUACCGACUGCCAUCAACUGUGUGUCUUUUGUCCAGACACUCACUCCUCUAGAUCUCAUUUCCCCGUCUGCAAAACUGAUGUUCCCUGGUUUCUGUGAUCUGCCUGUUGCCACACCGUCCUUUCUUGCCUCGCUUCUCUGUUUUUUUGUUUGUUUCUUUUUCCCUGGGAAUGCUCAGGGUCACUGAAUUGUCUGUUUAUUUGUGAUUGUACCAAGGUACUCAGCCUCAUGUAGCAUGUACAGGGGUAUGAUUCAUACCAUAGUGACCCAGCAAAGAGCUCCCUUCCACUGACUUGUUCUGCAUGUGUAGAGUCUCCCUUUUCUCUUCAGACCAACCUGUUCCCCCUUUUCCUACCCCACAGCUCUGCUCCCUGUAAGUUUUCAACAGUUUCGCUGAACAGUGGGGUAUGUGAUGGUUUUGGCAUGAUGUCUUCAUAUGAGGGAAACUGACUUCACUUUGAGGGGAUGUUUGUAGCCAUUGGAAGGUAAAAUAGUGGUGUGAUUACUGAACCAAAGGAAUUUAUGUUUUGUAACUUGGGUACUUUUAUUUUGCAUUUUGUUAAAGUAUUAAAUACUUUUUUCCUGUU